AUAUUUGAGGUUUUCAUUACAAAGCUUUCAUACUUAUCAGGCUACAUUAUUAAUAGAACCAAUAAAUAGAUUUCGAUAACGUUUAAAAAGCUUAAUCGAUAUGUUAUUAUAUGUAAUAAAUAUUUUACAUGGUUGUGAAAUAUACUUGUAAAAGCGCGCAUUUGAAUAAGAUUUUGUAAAGCAACUCAAAGUUUGGAAAAAAUCACCCAAUGAAAAGAAGCUUUUAUUGAAUUGUUAUAAAAAUGAAGCGUUUGAAGGGAAAAUAUAAUCUUCGCAGGGAAGCUAAGUCUGCAAGUUCAAGUGAAGAAGAGGACAUAUCACGACCUUGCACCAAUAUAUCACCACAACUACUCAUUUCAAAGCAGUCACUCAACCAAAGGCGCUUGUCCACAGCAAAGAGUAUAUCUGCAUUUCCUUUUAACAAGAAACGCGUUCGAGUAUUAAGUGCUGAGGAUAAAGUAAGUGAUGUCCAUUGCGGCGGUAUACUCUAUUGGAUGUCACGUGAUGCACGGGUGCAAGACAAUUGGGCAUUAUUAUUUGCACAACGAUUAGCUUUGAAAUUUGAACUACCACUUUUAAUUGCAUUUUGUAUUACACCACAAGAUGCGAAUAUCACAAAGCGCCAAUAUGAAUUCUUAUUGACUGGUUUGGAAGAACUAGAACACGAACUCCAUGAACUAUUAAUCCCUUUGCACUUAUGUUUUGGAUCAACAGCAUGUUGUUUGUCAGAAUUUGUACGCUUGCAUGAAAUCUCCGCUAUUGUUUGUGAUUUUUCGCCUUUGCGUGAACAACAACAACGUGUAGAAGAAGUCAAAUUAGUUUUACCUUCGGACAUACCAUUUACCCAGGUUGAUGCACACAAUAUAGUGCCAUUAUGGGUAGCUUCCCAUAAACAAGAGUUUGUGCCUUUUUAUAUGCGUCGUAGGAUUUAUCCGAUACUGGAUGAAUUUCUCACGGAAUUUCCACCAGUAAUAAAACAUCCACAUAAUAAGAAUAUUUUGAAUUUCGAACGUGCAGAUUGGAAGAAGGCUCGAAAUUGGUUUGAUGGUGAUUGUUCGGUGGGUGUUGUAAAGUGGGCAAAAUCGGGUUAUACGGCGGCAUGUGAGCAAUUGCAGAGCUUUUGUACUAAACGUUUACCCAUUUAUGGCGAUAAACGUGAUGACCCAACAGCAAAUGCAUUGUCGGGAUUGUCGCCAUGGCUUCACUUUGGUCAAAUUUCCGCGCAACGUUGUGUUCUGGAAGUUAAGCGUUACUCAUUUAAAUGCCAAAAAUCUGUGGAAGCCUUUUGUGAAGAGGCAAUUAUACAUCGCGAAUUGGCGGACAAUUUCUGUUAUUACAAUAAAAACUACGACAAUCUUAACGGGCUAUAUUCGUGGGCAUUUAAAACACUCGAUGAACACCGCGAUGACGAGCGCAACCCCUCCUAUAAACUUUCCGAAUUUGAAAAGGCAAAUACAUACGAUGACCUCUGGAAUGCAGCCCAAAUACAGUUGUUGCGUGAAGGCAAAAUGCACGCAUUUCUUCGUAAGUAUUGGGCAAAAAAGAUACUGGAAUGGUCCAACUCACCAGAAGAGGCGCUAGAAACUGCCAUUUAUUUAAAUGACAAGUACAGUUUAGACGGCAGAGAUCCCAAAGGUUAUGUGGGCUGCAUGUUCUCAAUUGGUGGUUUACAUGAUGGUGCCUAUCGUAAUAGAGCAAUUUUUGGUAAGAUCCGUUAUAUGAACUACAAAGGCUGUCAACGUAAGUUCGACGUAACAGCCUUUGUUGCUCGUUAUAGUACCGAAAAUGUUAUGAAUUAAAAAUUAAACUAAAGUUAAGUUUCGAUUUUCAUAAAAACCAUACAUACAUUUUUACAAUUAUUAAAUAUAAUCCAAAUGUUUACACCAACUUAUACAAACAAUCAAA